AUGGACCAGCUACGAAAAGAGGCCAGGUCUGCCAUAGAAAACGACCGAGAUGAUGUCCCCGACCGUCUCCCAUCUUCAAUGAGCGUGAAAGGUGAUCUAUCACAAUUAUGGGAGCAUGUUUCGAAGUAUGACAAUAGUAACUAUAAGACUGCCUGUGACAGCUUGCUUACUGCCCUAAAUUUUCUUAAAUGGGGGUUUGAUCCACAAAUAUCAAAUAAUGAAGCGGAUGACAUCCAAGCAACAACCAACCUGUUCAAAUGGGCCAGUAAACUCGCUCUUCCAUCAAUUGAGUUUGCUGUACUUUAUGGAGACAAAAUUGAGACCACAGAAAUGAUACAAGUACAGCGCGACUGCCGCCUCAAACAGAAGAUGGCUCUUGAGUUCAUAGUUCUUCUCACAGCAAAGACUGAUGGAAGUAGACCAGGUCGUGACGCUUCUCAUUCCCCGGAUGUUAUUUUGGCCAUGAUCAUUUUCACCUCGAAGACACAUCCAUGGGCCUCAGAUGAGGCUGCAGAAAUGGCGUCCAUCCAACUCGGUGUAACAGGUCAAUAUGGAUUAUGGGAUACUAUUGAGGAUAUUCUGAGAGACAAACUCAAACCUCUUUUCACAAAACAGAGAAAUCCUAACAUUACAAGCGAAGGACGCAAGAACUUGCAUCCUGUGCCUCUACCGCGCUUUGAUGGGAGUAUGCUGGAUGAUUCAACGAAACCUUGGAAAAACACCGAUAUCUAUGCUACACCUGCUUUGUCUUGGAUAGUCUCUCAGUACAAGACUGAAAACAUUGGGCACCUGGAAAAACACUUCCCGCUCUUGGUACCCGCCAUCUUAUCGUUGAUCGACGACAGUGAUCCGCUUGCCAAGGUACAAGGUUGUACUCUUCUGGAUAACCUCCUCGGCCCUAUUCAAAAGAGCAGCUCCGACAUCCUCGCUCGCACAAACCUCGUCUCUGUUUUUGAAGAAGCUAUUACACCUUGUCUGCUAUCCCUACCGACGAUCACACCAGAGCAGGACUCUCUACGCAUUCUUCAAGUCGCUUACCCCGUUUUGCUUUCUCUUUUCAAGACGGACCAUUUGACCGGCUCUCAAAGAGCAGGGCCAUCUGAAAUUGAGAACGCCAAAAGAAAAUAUAACAACAAACUCGCCAAAAUUCUCCGAUCAAAUCUAAUCUCGUCUUUCAACCAUGUCAGCUAUUCAGGAGCAACAGUCGAAUCUUCCGCCUCCUUCCCACACAAAGAACUAUCUACUUUCCUAUUGACCCAGAUUUCCAUCGUUAUGAAAGAUCUCAAACGUGAAACUACGAAGUAUAUCCAGGACGUCCUCCCAUUGCUCCGUGCUACUCUAUCCAAUCCGUUUGGAUUAGCAUAUCCUCCGCUCGUUUCUGCUGCUAUACAGGCAACUCAAUCUCUGGUGUUGAUGGCACAUAGUCGUGUCUGGAGAUGGCGCGGGGAACUUUUUGAUGGACUCUGUGCUUGCUGGCUAUAUGUUCGGGAUGAAACCAAAGAGGCUGAAAAAGAAAGACGCCAAGGGGGUCGCGAUGUGGACGAUGCGAAGCAGCUUGAGGAUCGUGCGAGAGAGCUUCUCAAGAUCACUCGCGACUUACAGGUAACUGUUUACGCAUUGAAGUAUGCUCUGCAGAACCCUCUCCCUGUAGACGGCACCCCUGAUGCAGAUCAAGCUCUUGCUAAAGAGCAGAUUGCGGAAGAGUUGAGAAAGCUCGUUGAAGCAGAUUCGGAGUUGGAAAUUAUCUUACUACGGACGACGGCCCUUUGA